CAUUGUUCUGUAAUAUUCAGCUUUAUGGAGUUUGACGGCAAUGUCAGUUUUUAAUUGACGUUUUGGUAGCAUUUAAAAACAGUCGAGUGUUGAGGAGCUAGUAGCGUUAUGAACAUGUUUGCUCCUUUCUGACACAGGAAGGCUUCAUUUUGUUCAGAGGUUCACGCCGGUUAGCUAGCUAGCUAACUGCUAGAAUGGAGAAUUCAGAGACCAGUCCAUCAUUGGGGCCCCUGGCAGUGCCAGACAGAGGCAUGGCGCGACCCUCAGCCCCCUCUGGUCAGCUGUCAGAGUCAGCCAGGCCCUCCAAGCACAGGGAGCACCCGUCCAAGUCACCAAGGAGACGGCGAAAGGGGACGAGGUCGCAGCAACGUGGGGUUGGUCAUGAACAGCUGCUGUGGGAGAUUGAGCGGCGGAGGUUGCCAGGCCAACACGAGCACUUGGAGCCCUCUGGCUCGGCGAGCGACACAGCGGAAAGCUCUCCUAAGAGGAGAGCCCACUUUCUACAUGGACCUUAUCCAGCCACUCACUUCGGACCCAAAGCCUGUAUUCUUCCAAACCCAACUUCAGUCAUGCACAUCCAGGACCCAGCCAGCCAGCGGCUCACCUGGAAUAAACCUCCUGUCAACGUGCUUGUCAUCAGGAAGAUCAGAGAUGAGAGCCUCGUCGAGCCUUUCAAAGAGCUCUGCAGGUUUCUAGUGGAGGAAAAGCAGAUGAUGGUGUACGUGGAGCGCAGGGUAGCAGACGAUGCCACGCUGUCAAAGGAUGAGGCAUUCGGCUCCAUCCGCAAUCAGCUGUGCACCUUCAGAGAGGGUUUUGAUGAUAUCUCCGACUGCAUAGACCUGAUCAUCUGUCUGGGUGGAGAUGGGACUCUGCUUUAUGCCUCCUCUCUCUUCCAGGGCAGUGUCCCUCCAGUUAUGGCGUUUCACCUCGGUUCUCUGGGUUUCCUGACGCCCUUCAAAUUUGAGUCAUACAAGACCGAAGUGGCCAAAGUGUUUGAAGGAAAUGCAGCCAUCACUCUGCGCAGUCGUCUGAAGGUGAAGGUGGUGAAGGACAUGCUUCAGAGAGCAGGUCAGCAGGCGUACAGCCGAGAGACGCAGCAGCAGGAACACAACGGACUCCUUUCUCAUGGACACACCAACAGUGAGGCCGGCAAGGUCACACUGCAGCUACAGGUGUUGAAUGAGGUGGUGGUGGACCGAGGCCCCUCCUCCUACCUGUCCAAUGUGGACUUGUACCUCGAUGGGCGACUCAUCACCUCAGUGCAGGGAGACGGUGUGAUUGUGUCCACGCCUACAGGAAGCACAGCGUAUGCAGCCGCAGCCGGAGCCUCCAUGAUCCACCCCAACGUGCCCGCCAUCAUGGUCACCCCCAUCUGCCCACACUCGCUCUCCUUCAGGCCCAUCGUGGUCCCUGCUGGGGUGGAGCUCAUGAUCACCUUGUCCCCUGAUGCCAGGAACACGGCCUGGGUGUCGUUUGAUGGCAGGAAGAGACAGGAGAUCCAACAUGGAGACUGUAUCAAGAUUACUACAUCAUGUUACCCAGUGCCCUCCAUCUGCUGCCAUGACCUGGUGUAUGACUGGUUCGAGAGCCUGGCUCAGUGUUUGCACUGGAACGUGCGGAAGAGGCAGGCGCGACUGGCGGAUGUCUCGGACUCGUCAGACACAGAAAACUGAAUCAGCGAGUGAUUUUACUGGCCUGCGUAAAAAAGACAUCAAGUGGAGGCUUUCCACAGCAGCUGAGUGAGUGAGUGAGGGGGUCAGAGUUGUUGUGGGACAAGCAUGAGGUUACCCUGCAGACAUUUUCAUGACAGCAGCUCCAGACUGUGAGAGCGUGUGCGUCUACAGCCAAAUUAGUGUUACAUUAGUCGUCUGAAUAGCAUGUGCAAUUAACAUACUGUGUAUACAGUAUUUUAUAAACUGAGAUAUACAUGUUAGUAAGCAUUACAUUCCAGUACAAACACAAUCUGUAAUUUCAUCUGUAUCUUACAGGGAGAGAGCAUGUUUAUCACCUAAAAAUGGGAAAAAACAAGUGCAGUUACUUAAAUAAUUACAGUAUAUUAAUAUUCUAAAUGAAUACUCAGUUUUGUUUUGUUUUUUUGCUUUUUUGGGGGGGACUUGGAGGUCUUUACCAAUGUGAUGAUCAGUGUGUAAGCUCUAGGUGUUACUGUAAAAAACCUGGGAAGGAUUAUUGGUAGAAAACACAGAUAAAUUAAGAAAAAGGACUGUAAAUGUGUAUAUACAGGAUUCCAGGAUAAAUGUAUUUAAUGUGAUGUGAUAUUUAUAUAUUUUCAUGAUGGGAGCUUAAAAAGAUUUAAAACUGAAAUCCCAUAACUGAUUCAGCCAUCUACAUACAAAUGUGCAACAUAUUUUCUGUACAAACACUGUCCAGCCGUCUUUCUCUACAUUAACAGCAGCUGUAAAGGAUUUCUUGAUUCAUUUUUAACUUUUUCGUUUGCUUUCAUAACUUUUCUGCCUAAGUUAAAUUUAGAAGUCACGUUGCAUGUCGUAGAACAAAACAAAAUAGAAGAGUGGGAGAAACUUCAUGUCGCUUUCAUGAUCACUAAACUGUGAAAUUGUAGCAGAGCUAAAAUAAAGCUUUAACACUUGCUAGUU